AUGACAUCAUACUCCGCACUUCACAAGGUCAUUGGCCCCAAGAAGGAGAUCCACGAUCUCAAUGGCCGCGUAGCCCUCACCACCGGAGGUGCCAUGGGCAUCGAUCGCGAAAGCCUUCGUGAAGGUAGGCGCCUGCGUGAUCAUGGUGAAGAAGCCAUCAAGAAGAUCAGGGAAAAGUGUGGUCAAGAUGCGAAGAUCGAAUGGGAAGGCUGCGACAUGGGCACCCUCUCUGAAGGCAAGGACGUCUUCACCAAAAUCCGCGAACGUGAGGACCGACUCGACCUACUCAUUCUCUCAGCCGGCAUCAAUGCCAACCAAUUUGGCAAGACUAAUGACGACAUCGACCGCCAUUUCCAGAUCAAUUGGUUAGGCCAGGUCUACGUGGUCAACUUACUGUACCCGUUGUUGCGUAAGACGAGUAAGAUGCCAGACACACCAGCUCCGCGCUUCGUCUUCGAAUCCUCGGAGCAGCAUCGCGCUGCACCCUCAGUCGUCCACUUUGGAUCGCCCGACGAGAUAAACAACCCCGAGAUCGGCAACCCCGAGGUGUACGGGAGGACCAAGCUCGCCAUUAUCGUAGGGGUAAAAUACACACUCUCCGUGCACCCUGGAGCCGUCAACACAGCAAUGCAACAACAAUGGAAAGGAGCCUACCCCCGCCUCUUCGGCAAAAUGCUAACCGGCAUCAUGCUCGCCGGCGGCCGCGACGUAGAGCAAGGCUCGUACAGCGCGCUCCGGGGAUUAUACGGAGGGUGCUCGACCCCACACUUUCGAUCGAUUGCUUACAUCGUUGCUCUUUAUACCCAACAAAUAUACACAACACCCAACACCUGGGCAACCACGACCACAAUGGAGUCUUCAGAUUCAGUUCCUGAAGCGUCAGUAGCUGCAUCGAGCGGCGCAUCCAAGACAGUAGCAAUAAUAAUCCGCAACAGUACUGAAUCUCCAAUUCUCCAUCUUUCCGGAGAGAUUAGGAACAUUAUCUACGGAUACUCGCUUGGGGGCUUCAACAGCAGUGUACGCAACCGAGAAAGGGCGCGGCGGAGUUUGCCGAAUUGCGACCUAUACGAAGUACUUGAUCCGGUCCCGGAGUAUCGUAUCAUGGGUUUACUGGGAGCUGAACCCCAAUCCCGUCCUUUAUAUGAUGAAAACUGGGAACCUUAUCAUUUACACAAAGAAGAGGUUCAUCGCUACCAUCUCCCUCCCCGGCCUCCACCGCGCGCUCUGAGCCAGCAGGAUGCAUUGCCGGAACAUCUAUGGCCCGGUUGGGCGCUACUAGCUCGCAACCUAUUCAACUUGAGUUACGCCUGCCGUCAAACUAUGUCCGAAAGCGCGAAGCUGGCAUCGCCGUAUACUGCAAAUCUCUUUCGGUUCUCUUGCAUUCGCACAUUGGCGCAAAUGGAAAACUUUGGGUACGUCGACCACCACUCCGAAAGGGAUAGAGGAUUUCACUUCUUCUUCUUUGAUGACUAG